GCCAGUUCAGUGUGUCUGCGAGCACCAGUCUCUGAGUCACUGUCCCGCCUGCGACGUGACCAGCUGCAGAAGUUUGCUCAGUAUCUCAUCAGUUACUUGCCCCAGCAGAUUUUGCCGACAGCCCAGCAGAUCCUGGAUGAGUUGCUGUCAUCCCAGGAGACAACCAUGAACACAGCCUAUGGUGCUCCAGAUCCAACUGCAGGUCCAUCUGCCAGUGAGCAGACAUCGUGGUCUCUGGAUGAAGCCACACUACACGCCAACAUCAAGAAGACACUUGUGAAGUUCUGUAUACCAGCACCGAUAGUUUUUAGCGAUGUGAACUAUCUGACGGCCAGUGCACCGCCAGCAGCCACCGAGUGGUUGAGUCUGCUCCGACCUCUGCGAGGCAGGGAGCCUGAGGGAAUUUGGAAUCUCUUGUCCAUUGUUCGGGAGAUGUUCCGUCGACAUGACAGCAACUCUGUACCGUUACUGGAGAUACUUACAGAUGAAGUUCUGCAGUGUGAACAGAUCCUAAUCUGGUGGUUGACAACAAAAGUCUCCCCGUGCAACAACAGCAGUGUCAUCCAUUGUAGCAGGAGCGGCAACUCAGCCAAUGCUACUCAGAAUGCUGCAUCCAGUCUCUGUGACGAGAUCGUCACACUAUGGCGCUUGGGUGCUCUCAACCCAAAGCUGUCACCGUCUCAGCGCCUGGACAUGCUGGCCAAGUUCAGAGACUGGCACAUCAGCACCAUUGAGAAAGUACGCAAGGCUCGAAGCAGCAAUGCCAAUGCCUCUACUACUGGGCUCAAGAAAGGCGACGUGGAAAUGUUCCCAGGUUUCAAACCAGCCAUCGAAGCUUGCUCACUCACCUGGGAUGAUUACCCGAUACCUGGCAUCACCUACUCGGCCAAAGAUGGGUCCAGGUUUUUUUAUCACUUUGGUUCUAAUAAGUCACAUGACUCAGAGAGUAAGAAGCCAUCCCGCGUGCAGCCGGUGACCAUCUGCUCUCAGGACAUCAUCAGCACAGAUAACUCCCACAGAAACCUGGCUCAUUCCCAGAGGUCUCAGGACCAUGAUGGGGCUCGGGGCCGCUCUAGCGACUCCCGCCCAUCCCUGCCAUCUCGUUGUGACUCAGGUCAUGAUGGAGCUUUAAGUUCAGGAUCAGAGGGAUUUUGUGAGCCCGAUAGGGGAUUCAGAGACUCUGAUUCCAGCGGAGAGUAUAAAGGUACACAUUCUCGAACCUCUGCUGCCUCACCAUCACAGGCUGAAGCAGCUCCUGCUGAGGGCAGGCUGGCCGGUGUCGAGGCACCAGACUCCCAGCAGCCACUGCCGGAUGCCUACAAUAUCUACUUCUAUGACACCAAGGCCAAACCAUGUGACCUUGAGAAGAAGAAGAAAGAGAAAGGGGAGGAGCCUAAUGUCUUUGCUGGCUUGAAGAGCGCAGAUUGCAUGCAGGAUAUUUUGUUUGCCCGAGCUGAAGCUCUGCAUGCUCAUGGACAUACCAAAGAAGCAUGUCGACUUGCCCAGAAGCUGGCUGAGGAGAUGUUGAAUAAUCCUCCAGAUCUUCUUGCAGACUCUGCCAACGCUCCGUCCCCGAAAUCCAAGAAAAAGAAAGCUCUAACAAACAUCAGCAUGCUGGCCAGUGGUUUGUUGUCCAAAGCAUCCUUCCUGGCAAGUGUACUCUGUGAGCACGAGGAGUGCCAGCACCUGGCCUUCAAGAUCGGAAUGUUUGGUCUGGAGCUGGCCCGGCCGCCUGCAUCCAACAAGGCCAUCGAGGUGAAGCUAGCCCACCAAGAGUCAGAGCUGCUGCAGUUGUUGAAGAAGAUUCCGCUGGGAGCACAGGAGCUGGCAGAAGUGCGAAAUAAAGCAGAACAGCUGAGAGAUGGUCUGCUCAAGUCACGAGGCGAGGCACUGCUGCCUUUGAAUAUUGCAACUUUCAUCUUUGACACACUGUGUAUCCCAGGUAUGCAAUUGUGUACACAUUGUUGUAGUAAUGAAUUUGUUCUCCGUGUUGCUGUAGGUAUGAAAUUGUAUACAUAUUGUUGUAGUGAUAAAGUUGUUCUCUGUGUUGCUGUAGGUAUAAAAUUGUAUACGUAUUGUUGUAGUGAUAAAGUUGUUCUCUGUGUUGGUAGGGGGGAACUGGCCAUCUCCAUGCUGGUCCACUACAAAGAUGACCAGGUCAAGCUCAGCAAGAUCAUGGACAAGCUGUUGGACAAGGAAGUUCACCAACAGUACAAAGCUCCUAGUCUCAUCAACUAUCUCUCUGGACAGAAGCAGACGGCAUCUUCUCACCUCUCUACUGGUGCUGCCUCAUCUGGCAGCACUCACCAGAAGGAUGUGGCCAGUUCUUCUGGACACAGAUCUCACACUGGUAGAGCUGAAGUUAACAGAGGAUUGGUGCCUGAGACAGGACCAACAGGCAGCACACCCUCAGGUGCAGACAACGACCCAACACCAGUCGGCGGUUCAGCAAAUUUAGCUUCCAAUGGGGGAGCUAGGCCAAAGACAUUCUCUUUGAGAUAUACCAGAUACAAGGGUAGGCAGAGAGUGAUGCCCACCGUGCCCAACCAGCCCAGUGAGGCGGGCUAUCAUUUCAUGUUUGAGCUGGCAAAGACAGUCCUACAGAAGGCAGGAGGCACCUCAUCAACCUCGCUGUUUACCCAGCCCAGCAGCAACACCAGUCACAGCGGACCUCACAGGAACCUGCACCUGUGUGCCUUCCAGAUCGGCCUGUACGCCCUGGGCCUCAGCAACUGUGUCUCCCCCAACUGGUUGUCCAGAACCUACUCGGGGGGGGGGGGGGGGGGGGGGGGGGGGGGGGGGGGGGGGGGGGGGGGGGGGGGGGGGGGGGGGGAGCUGGCCCUGUCCUGCCUGCCACAUGCUCAUGCACUGAACCCGUCGGAGGUGCAGAGAGCUCUGUACCAGUGCAAGGAGCAGAGCCGGGACAUGCUGGAGAAGGCCUGCCUGGCUGUAGAGACUGCUGCAGAUGGCGGUGGUGUUUUCCCAGAGGUGCUGUUUGAUGUGGCCAGGAACUGGUACGAGUUGUCCGAGCUGGCUAGUCAGAACUCCUCUGACACAACUGACGUCAAUGAGAACACCAGGCCUAGACUGGAGUCAAGCAGUCCAGCCUCGUACACCAUGGCCGACUCCACUGCUUCCAGGUGUUUCCCUAACCAACCGCACGCUAUCGUGCACACUAUGCACCCUGUCGAAGUAGUCACUGCAAGUCCACCUACUGGCACUCAGGCACAAGUGCACAACUCGGCUGUGGCUAUCCCACAGAUGCAGCCCACCUCACACAACCAGAUGCAGCUCAACUAUCUCCUGGCCACCUUCCGCACAGGCAUGCUGGCCAUGGAGACCCUGUCCCGCAAGGUGCACGAUGACCGGCCUCAGACCAAGUACGCCCGCAAUCCUCCGUACGGAGAAGAUGUCCGAUGGUUGUUGAGUGUCACCAUUAAACUAGGAACAACAUUCCUGCAGCAGUUCUGUGCUAGUGCUGUCAACGCUGUGGUCAGCCCGUUUGUGCUAUAUGACCUGGCCAUGGAAGCUGCCCGGUUCCUGGCCCGCAACAACCCCACUCACGUGCCCACACAGUUGAGAUCCAACAUUCUCAACUCCUUGUUUCAGAAAUGUCUGCAGAUGUUCAUACAGUGCGCCCACCAGCGGAUACACCACAUCAGCAAUGCAGACUAUGACGAGUUUGUCAGCAUCGUGUGCAACGCACGCAACGCUUUUUACCUGACGCCCGGCGGCAUCGUGCAGUUCAACGAACUACUACAGAGCCUGCGCAGAUCCAAGUCCUGUCGCAAAGACUUGUGGCAGCGGAUCGUCAACGGUCUGGCCAGCGGAACUCUAUGA